UCGGAAUCUGCACACCCACCUGUUGCCUUCGCAGGUGACACUGCCACUAAGAGGUUUGUCUGAGUCCAGCUUUCACCAUCAGACAUCUGGCAUGUUUCCUUAAUAAUUCUUUCUUAACUGCGCCCUGCGUAUCCCCAAUCCUCAUGCAAACGACGGUGAAAGUGCCGGUGACUCUAGAUGUGUAAGAGGACGCAGCCGUUUAGAGAAAAUAUGUUGUCCGACGUGCCACACCGCUUUCUGGGCACCAGUACCCAGACUACCUGUGUUCCAUUGAAUCGGAAUCCACCAGAUUUUUCCAGAGUUUCUCCAGGGAAAACGCCAUGAUCUUUAUUUUCGAGUGGAGCACAUAACCCUUUUGUGUACACGGUGUCCUCAAACCUUUGGCUGCUGCCAGAAUCCCUGUUUAAACAGUACAAUGGUGAAAAUUGGCUCUCGAGGAGGGUUAGGCUCUCGCUGCCGCACCGUUUGGCAAGCCAUUUCUUCCACUUCUUUAAGACGUGCGCCCGUGAAGGACGCAAAAAGAAUUUCUUCACGGUGGAAUAGUUGUGGAGUUUCGUCAGGGCGACAUCUAUUUGAGAGGGAAUUUUUGCCGCUGGAGCGCAGUCCCAGCGGAGUGGUGGCACACCAGCAACGCAGACCCGGUCAGGCCUUCCCGCCGAUGAGAGGCUGCAGAGGCACUUGGAGCUUUUGGUAGUAUCUGGAAUUUCGUGUUUUCUUUGUUGUGUGAAGCUUCCCGUGUUCCGUUUUUUGUGUUAACAGCCUUUCUGUUGUGUAUACUUCGGGCACAGUUUCAGCGCUCGAUCGUGGCAUCAGUCUCGGCGCUCUCGCAGCUCACGCCUGGGCGCCGUGCCCUUUCCUAUAUUCGACUGUUGUUUUAUGGUGGAAAGAUAUCCCUCCGUUUUUGUCGGGAACUUUUGCCCAGCAGAUGUCUUCAUUUCUCCGUGGCGCGCCUAAUUUUGAAAAGAGAAUGGCUGACAAACGAUCCUUCAGGAAUUCAAAGCUCGAAACUGCGUAGUCCUCAACGCGAAUGCCUCUCGCAGGAGCUGCCCACCCACCUGCUCCGACAGGUUUCUGUGCUGCGCCACUUCAAGAUGAUAGACACUUGGCAUCCGUCAUUAACAUAGGGGGCUGAAAGGCAGUUUUAAGUGCAGUAUCUAUGCUUGCGGUCGUAUUCACUUUCUCAAAAGGUGCCUGGCCAGCAGGAGCCAGAUCCGUGCACAUACGAUACCGACUGCUGGAGAGCGGUCCGGGUUCGCCCUGUUGUCAUUUUUCCGGAACGACGGCGAGCUACAACUCUCUAGCAGCCCCACACGGUUGAGCCUUCUCGCUGGGCUGGGGAUCCAGCGGACUUCAGCGGUCAGGCGCUCCGAACGGCUGUCGCCUUAUUUGCGGCUAUGAAUCGAUACGUUGGUUCGAUUUGCCUGGUUCUUUAGGCCCGUCAGUUCCGCCGAGCAAUUCGUUGCGAAGAGGCUCUUCGGCGCCAGAGGAGAGAACGUCUACGUUUUAAUUGUGGAAAUCUGUCUCAUUUUCGCACUGCGAAGACCCGGGGACUGUCAAAAGGUAUAUGGAACCGUCGUUCCUGGGAUUUUUUCGUUUCCUCUCGCUGAGAGGAGCGGCCUCGUCGUUUAAGCUUACCUCCGAAAAAAAACGACGUACCGCUGGAUCGGGGGCCGUGACUCCAACAGCAUGACUCAAACUACAUGUAUGGUGAUUCCAUUUGAGUUGUCAAUUUCCCUGCACUGUCAAGUGAGCAAGAAGGCCAACAACGUGCUCGGGAAAACCGAGCAGGUAUCCACCGCAGACUCGGGCAGAGACGCCCCACUCUAGGGGGUCGCGUGGAAACUGAAUCGCCUGAGCUUGCCCGGUUUUAAUUUUUUUACCCCUAAAUGCCGUGCAGUCAGAUAGACAGGCUUUUGGUUCACUCUCCUGCGCCAGAGUUGGCCUCGCCCCUCGGGACCCGCCGGGCGCCGUGUCCCUCCCGGAGGUCCGGAUCGGCCGUUCGUCGGCCAUUCGUUUUGUUUCAAAGUUUGUCAAGUCUACCCUUCCCGCGACUUCAUUCGUCUUUGAAUUUUUUUCCGUCAAGCCGUGGGCGUGAAGUCCUCCAAGCCACGGUUUUUCCUUUCCCCUCGGUUCGUGCACGCAGGAGGCCGUUCAAAGACGAGUGGCACCCUGCGGAUACUGGGUCCUAUUCUUCCUUGUGAAACACUGCGUUUUAAGUGAAGAAGAGCGCGUUCUGUAGGAAUGCGUGUGGUUUCGUAUCGGGUCAUCUUUUUAUGUCGACAUGCAUGUAAAAUCACCCCUGCCACCAGUGAGUCCGCUUGUGGGUGUGUGUGCAGAAACGAGAACCCAUUUGAGCUGUCAUGUAUGCUGAUCGGUUCUUGCUUGUUGUCAAGAUAUCGCUGUCGCGGCUAGGCGGAACCCUUCCUCAAGAGGUCCCGCAGCAGAGUUCUUUUUUGCGGACUGAACGGAUGUGUGGUGCUGUGAGUAUCGAUUGAAGCUCGUCUCUUUCCCGUAAGCGGUCCGAUUGUUCCCCGUUUUUUUCAGAUCGACGCCUUGACACCUUUUAGGCCGUUGGGAGUCGCACUGUUGUGUGGCGUUCGACGCGCCGUCACUUGUGACGGACCUCUGGACAACAUUUCCAUGUAUAUAUUAGGUAUAGGUAAAACAGACUUCCUCGGCUUUCCCGCUACAACUUUGUUUCCAGUAUUCUUUUCACCGUUUCUCCUCGAAACCGAGUUUUCUCUUCAGGUUCUAGGUUGCGCGCCACUUUGCAAUCUGUUGUGUCCACCCAAGAAAUCGUCCGUUCUCGUCCCCGUUACUGCUCCCGGCUCGCCCUGCGUGUGGCGUGCGAUCGUGUGCCCUUUCUGGCCUCACGUGUUGCCCGUAUAUACGGCGGAUAAAAAGAGGCGUGACUAGCAGCGAAAACGUCAAUUGUCCUGCCUGCGCGGCUCCUCUCGGUGGAGGCAGGCCCGUCUUUCUCAUGUUUCGGACCCUGUCGGCACCUUCCGGUCCCUGCACACUGUGAGUCGUUCGCCGGCGCCGAGAAGGCUUGGCGCACAUGAGCCUCAAGAAGAGAGAGGAAGGUGAACUUGGUUCGGCAUGCGCCUUGGAUCCUAGACUGCGUCGCUUCGGUUGCUUGCCUUGUCCCGCUCAACAUGGCUGCUGCAUCCCCGCCGGCGCAGCCGCUGGGCGCCACGUCGCCCUGCACCUUCUCUCCGCCUUGCUCUUUUUCACCCUCUGAUACCUGCUCAGUUUUCUUCGCGACUCCUUCUCGAGCCGUGUCGGCGGUGCCGGAGUUGCCCGCGACCUCCUCGGCGCAGUUGCCGGAACGCACCCGGCUGAGGAACCGCAGCAUCCAGAGUGCCUCGACCACGGAAGCAAGUCCGUUUGUGGACUCUGCGUCACUGUUUCCGGAGAGCCUGUCUGAGGCCCCGAAAGCGGUCUCGGUCGACGGCGAAAGCAGGCGAACGCGGGAGCGAAGAAGGAAGUCUCGCUCACUUCUCGCUGCUGCGGAGGAGACUCCUGAGGCCACAGCCGCCUCGCCGAACGGUUCUUCUUCGGAAAUCAGUGACGAGGCAUCGACCUUUGUGCUCACCCCCGCGACUGCCUCCUUGGCCCCUGCGGCUCUCCCCCCGUUCAUGACUGAGCGGUCUGACCCGACAGAAAAGAAGUACGAAGCCCAGAACAUGCAGGUGACGGCUGUGGAGCCCGUGGGCCUGGCACCGAGGUCCGCGAGCAGGUCGGAACUUGGAGAUGCGGAGUCUCUGAGUGCUGGAAAAUCUGGACUCCAGGGCGAGUCUGCGGCUCCGACGGCCGCGCUCGAGGCGGACGCCGGCGAAACCCGUUUAGAGACAGGGCUGGCGGGAGAGCCUGUGAACUCCAGCAGCGAAGGUGUCGGAUACGGUGGAGACGAACAGACCGUUGCGGGAGAGACACGAGAGCCGGGAACCGCCGAGGAGAAGCUCGGGGAUCUGAAGCCAGAGGUGAGGCCACGCUUCCACGCAUACGCCGAACAGGACGUGUGUGCAUGGGCGACAUCGAUGCUUGCGCGGAAGGAACUGCGGAAGCUGAAGGCGGCUGCCGUGAAGCUUGAGGGCGACCGCAUGCCUCGCAGCGACGUCGUCGGACUGUACUUCAAGAAACACCGACCCUGCUGGUCGGUCGACUACCACACGCGACAGGGGAAGCGGAAAACGGUCGAGUUCUUCGUUCCGGACCUUUCGCGGGAGACCAUCGAACUCGUCCUCGUUCAUGCAAUCGAGUGUCGCAAGUACAUGCCGCGCCGCUUCGACCAGGCACCCGCUUUCGUCCCGGAGCCGGACGACACAACCUCGGGCAUGCCCUACCGAUACGGCGCCCGACUGCUGAGUCCGAAGGUCCUCGCGUGGAUCGUGGAAAACACAAACGGCUCGGGUCGCACUUCUCAGCAUGGGCAUGGCCAAAGUCGCCGCCUUGAAGGUGACAAGGUCGGGGAGGGCGAUGCCGGCGCGCAGCUGCUCUCCGGUCCAGCUGGGAUAGACGCCUUCGGGUCUCGGAGUCCCCGCGCGGGCUUCGCGCGCCAGCGAGACAACAACUCUCGUCGCCAGGGCAAAGCCUCAGGCUGCCGUCCCGGCGCAGACCUCGCCACCUCCAGUGAAGAGAAGGCCACUCGCGAAGGCGAAACGGAACUUCCUGGCGGAUCCGCGGGUCCUGGCUCUGUCCCUGCGGGCACCGCCUACGGGGACUAUGCGAGACAGUUGCCCUCAGAAGGGUACCAGACUCCCCCGACCAUGGAGGGCCGGAUGACCCCUGCCGGGCUACUCUCGGGCCAGGAGUUCGGUCACGGACAAGGCAUGCAAGGUGCGGGCGUGAUGUGGCGCGACGACCCGCGCCAGGCUCUCCAGGCCAUGCCUCAACCGCUGAAUUUGGCGCCGCAUGCAACUCCGUUCAUGUCGCGUGCUGGCGGUUUAUAUGACCAGCGGGAGGCGUCUGUGGAGCCGGGGCGCGACGUCUAUCCCGUGCACUAUCCAACGCCAUACGCGUACGGGCCUGGGAUCCCAGCUGACGCUGGGGCGCCUUCGGCAGGACCAGGCCCAUAUCCUCACCAGUUCCCGAGUGGCGGCGCCGGGUACGUUGUGAACGGGCGAGUUCCGGACUCUGCAGACCACGAGGCACACUCUCCGCGAUCGCCGGAGUCGUACUGGGGCCCCCAGGCUGGCAGCCAGGGCGCCGAGGACAAGGACUGCCAAGUCGUCGGGUGCAUGCUGCCGAACGGAUCGGAGAUGGCGAUGCGACGCAUGGAGAGCUAUGUGGGCGACAGAGACAAUUUGAGGGGCAGUGCCGCUUUCGCCGGGGACGGGCGAACCCAGGCCGAGGGGCUGAGCCCCCAGUGUGAACCGAACGCAAAAAGGCGGAGGCUCCAGGCAGGGGGAGACGGAUCGAAUGGCGGCCUCGAGGCGAGUGGCCCGGAAAGGCCGUUUCCUGGAUCCCAGAUGUUGCAGCCGUCUGAUGAGUGGGCGCGAAACGGCCAACGAGCGUUUGCCGUUCAACCUGGAACCGGCGGCAGGACCUUCAUGAACGGUGGGUUUCGGCAGCCCGGUCCGGAGGAUGCCAGGCAACCUCUGUUGCUGUCGUCAGCCCCGUACUCUCCUCCCUCUGUGUUCCCUGCGGCUCCGCCACACCUUUCGCAUGCAGUCCGCCUGCCACCGGGCUCCUCAGACGCGGCUCAUCGAACGCCGAUGUCGGGGGCUGCUGGUUGCGCGUCUCCAGUUGCGUCAGCCUUCAGAAAGGAAGCCGAGGCUUCCGAAUGGCCCUCAAACGAGGUCUACGGGAGCCCGCAGGCUUUUCCCGAUAAAGCGAAUGCCUUCGCGAAGGGCGUGACGCUUCCGAGGAGACAGUCCUUCGCCUUCAGCGACGCGGGCCUCCCCACGCCGACAACAUCUCCCCACCAUGGUUCCUACUGCGCAUCGACAAUCGCGUCUUCUUCUCCCAAGUCGGCGUCUCCCGUUUCUCAAAGUGGCUGCUUUCCUUGCGAUUUCUACCCUGCAACUGCUCACUACUCUGGUCCAGGAGUCGAGACACCCUCGGAUGUCUCGAGUUUCGUUCCGGCACCUGCGGAGACGGCCGAACAGCAGAUCCACGGCGCAGGACAAGCCGCUGUCAAGACCCCAGAAUCUGGUCUUCACAUGCCGUCUUCUGGUUGGCCACAGCAAGCGUCAGUUCCGGGGGCUCAUGGCGCGGAGUUCUACGCCUCUCGAGCCUUCGCGAACGGAGCGCAUGCACCCAGUCUGUCGCUGAGGCCUUCGUGGCGGUACCCUGGCGGCGAGCGCAGCGAAGGCGAUCUGACAACUCAGGAGCAAAAUGCUCCUGCGGGCGCUUCUCCUUCGUCUCCGGUCUGGAGCGGCAACACUGGUGUCUGCACCACAGAAGGCUGCGGCGUUUGGCUGGAGAACAGACAAGCCGCUGGGUCUGUGGAGGGAGCGGCGGAUCCGGGAGUCCAGGGCAGUGCCUGCAUGCAGGGCAAACCCCAGGAAGGCGGGCGCUGUUCACCGGAGCCGGCGCUUGGAGUGCGUCGGCCUGCGGAGUUCGCUGGAGCUCCCGUGGGGGCCUGUCGAGCCGUAGAAGACAGAACGAUGACGGGUGAGCGGGGAGCAUGGGGCAAUGAGGCCAGGCGGGAGACAGUCACAGGCGACCAGGAGUGCUGUGGAGACCAGGCGCGAGACCCAAUGGUGUUCAGUCAUAUGGGGAGCAGAGCCGAACUGUCGGGCUUCGAUGACGGCUCCGAGCUGCCUCCCGCCUCGCCUCUGAACGAGUGCAUGCACCCUCUGGGGAAACCGGGGUCCAGGAUUUUCCCCGAGUUCGGUGCAUGGCCUGGGAGCCCCCCCCACGAGGGCAGUUUUGUGCAGGAGUUCGACAUCUUCAAGGAGAACGGCGAAGGCGCCGCAGGCGCCGUCGACGACGCGAUGGCUCUGUGGCCGAACGGCGGAGCCUUCGGACAGCGCACAGACCCACUGGCGCACGAAGAAGAGAAGGAGGGGGAACUGUGGAAAGGUCAGCCGACGCCGUUCUGCAGCUCGCCAGCCCUCUGGUGUGUCUGUCCUGUCGAGCACACGAGAGAGUUCGACGUCAUGGAUAUGGUGACGCUCCCCGACUUGAGUCACACGGCCGGUCCGGUCUCGCGGCCGCUUCCGAACGCGCCGCUGUGCGGCGGAUGCGUGGUGGCCGGUGUCGGGGAGGCACAAGCAGGGGAUGGCGAGAGCAAGCAAGGCGCUAAGCUCGCGCCGGACUCGCAGCACCUGCAUGGAGGCGCGGCGAAUCCCGGCGCAGUGGGGAAGCUCGUUACGGACGAAACGGCGCAGACAAGCGGCCGAGAGCAGCAUCCCGGGGAAGGAGACAGUACGGAACAGAGGCUGUCUGGUCUAGCAGCGCGUGCGACACCGCAGCGAGAAACCAAGAGACCAGGACCGAGUAGAAGGACAGAAGGGGAGUUGUGAGAGGUCAGGGGGACUGUGCGCGCGAAGACAGAUUUAAGUGACAGCGUCAGGCAGCGAGAAUGAAUGACUCUGGAGGCGCUGAAGAGGCGCAGGACAGACAUGAGGCGCCUGCGUUGGGCUUGCUGGAGCGCGCGCGAGGCAAAGCAGGAUAGAGCCGUCGCUGACACACCAGCGUGCGUUCCUAGAUGUCUCUGCUGGGCGGCAGGCUUCUUGCUCCCUUUCUCCUUGAUGAUGUGUAGAAUGACGGCUUACCCUCUGCGCGUACUUUCGCGGUGCACAGGACGCUCGGGAUCUGGUCGCGCUGGCCGUCUGUGCGGUGCUCCACAUCCUUUUUUAAGGAACGAGAAAGAGGCAGCGAGUCAAGCGACGUCAGGUGUGUGGGAUGUCUUCACGUACUGCGACGAGGACUAGUCUACCGGGCAGACACAAGAGAGGCCGCGGCCGACGCUUUUGUUCGUCACAGAACGCCAUGGCUCGAAUGUUUCGACAGGAAACGGCACUCUGAACUGCCGCUUCGGGGCAACGGGGCUGGGAAGGAAGGUGACAGCUGUUUCGUUGCAGAGCCUAGACAUACCACACAGCGUUUUUUGAGUCGAAUCGACUUCGUGACACGACACCCGAGAACGCGAGAGGAGAGCCGAUCGAAGAGCGCCGAGCCUCCUCAGGCGGUUUUUCUUUAGAACAGUGCGUCGUUCUGGCGAAUGGUUAACAGAUCGUUUCUUCUGGCGCUUGGUAUAUGUGUGAGGUGGAGAAAGUGAAGAACGCAUUUUGCGGCUGGAGGGGCAGUUUCCCCCAAGGUUUGGCCGCAGGCAGUUCUGCGACAGUUUGUACACAGUUGCACUAGGAGAGAAUUCGCUCCGAUGUUGGGCGCGGACUCUCACUGGACAAGCGGUGCGCCACCAGUGUCACUUGUCGAGUCUUGUCAAUGGAAAGGUAUCUCGUGGCGAGGAAUUUGAAUCUUUUCGCCUUUUCGAUUUCCGUACGUGUCUUCACGGGAAGUCGCGUCCCCAGCGGAAAAAGUCUGUGCUCGCCCAUGCGCAUAUUUAGUUCUUCCUGGCGCCUACGGACAGCCAAGUUUUUUGAGGCAGCGGGCGCCUCUGCGCAUCUGUGCUUCCGUAGUAUGUCACUGUGUGGCGCACGCGCGCCUUCCGUGUAACAGUUUUUUAUCCGUAAAGUAGGACGGAUCUUUGCUAUGUUUUCGUUCUUUGUCAUUCAUUUUGAAGGUGGACUCUGUCAUAUCCGAGACACAAAACAGUUGUCAUUCCUUG